GCUUGUGGGGACUAUCUAUUAUUAUCCAUCUUCUAUCCAAAGAAGAAGAAGAAGAAGCAGCUUUGUGAUUCUUGACAAUGGCAGUUCUUAACGCUUCACUCAUCUUCUGUUCCAAUCUUCCCUCAAACCCUAAACCAUCAUCACAACCCUCCUUUCACAUUCCAUCUUCAUCUCAACAAACCCUCAUUUCCUCCAUCAGCCAAUCAAUUGGAAAAGCUUGUUUUCUAGCCCUUCUCCCCUCUUCCCUUUUCUUCAUCGAUCCAGCACUUGCUUACAAGGGUGGAGGCCCAUAUGGUUCUGAAGUUACCAGAGGACAGGAUUUAACCGGUAAAGAUUUUACUGGAAAAACAUUAAUCAAACAAGAUUUCAAAACGUCUAUUCUGAGACAAGCCAAUUUCAAAGGAGCAAACUUAUUAGGAGCCAGCUUCUUUGAUGCAGAUUUAACUGGAGCUGAUCUUUCUGAUGCUGAUCUUAGAGGUGCAGAUUUCUCAUUGGCAAAUUUGGCUAAGGUGAAUUUGAGUAAUGCUAAUCUUGAAGGAGCAUUAACAACUGGGAAUACAUCUUUCAAGGGAUCAAAUGUAACUGGUGCAGAUUUCACGGACGUGCCUUUGAGAGAGGAUCAACGCGAGUACUUAUGCAAAGUCGCCGAUGGGGUAAACUCGAAGACUGGUAAUGCCACCCGUGAAACGCUUCUAUGUAACUAACUGAAUUGUCUAUGAUAUGUACAAUCCUAGUGAUUAAUCCCGCUUUAACUUGAAAUGUUUAUAAAUAGUUGCUCUUUAUUGAGACACAAUUAUAUGAUGUAUUUACUUUUGUCAACUAUCUUUAGAUUGUUUGACCUUAAAAGAGAUAUCUAUCCAAAUGUUUACCA